GAAGAACCGGCUACUUUUCCUGUAUUCACUCAUACGUGUUUUAAUUGGUUUUAAUGUAACUGCGCAUUUUUCGAGGUCAUGGUCAAUAAGAAAAGCAGUUACCAUAACAACAAAUAAUACAAAUAUCAUUAAAAUUGAAGAAAUCUUAUUGGCGUCUUGAUUUACCUAACUUAACAAUAACUAAACGUUUGUGCCGUUAAUAGCUUCUGCUCAUACAUGAACAUGAAUGAUCCCGAUAGUAAUGCUUGGGUCUUUGACUCCUUAGUGGGCUUUCUUCAUGGUCCUGUCUGGAAUGUACCUCUACAAACCUUUAUAGAAGAGAAGUCUUUGCCUUUUGAACCGACUGACUCAGGAGAAGUAAUAGACAGGCCAGAAUAUAAAAAGAUCCACGACGAAUAUCGUAACUUGGUGGACGUAAUGCUGGGAUCGUUUAUGGACGAUAUAGGGAUUUCUGCUGACCAGUUCGAAGCUGCUUGUCGCAUAUCUGCUCAUGAUCUCGCUGACCUACCAGCGUAUUUCCACAAGCGGUUGUUUGAACAAAUCUGGGCAGCCAAUGAUUACGACAUGUUCGUUAAAAUGAUGACUCACAAGAAUGUUGAACUUCAACUACAGGCACUGGAACUCAUCGAACGGCGCUACGGAGUAUUACCGAAUCUAUUUUCAUCUGAUUCUGAAGAUCUAGAUACCUCACGAAGUGAAGAAGAGGAUGGUUGGCAAGACAAUGAUGACGUAAUGACAGAAAUUAAAAAGCUCCAGUUGAACGAUGUUGAGGGUACGGAUGACGCAGUCGCUGUGCCGCCGGAAGACGUCGUGGUGGAGAAAAAGAGUCUACUCUCUAAGUUACAAACAUUUGAUAAGAAAGCAGAGAUUAUUGAAAAGAAAGAAACGAAACUGGAGAAAAAAGACGACAGUGAUCAUAUUUCGAAGACAAAGCGCACCGAACCGAUUAUUCCUGUUCAAAAAGUAGAAGUAAGCGAGGAGGAUAUUCGAGCCCGACAGGAAUACCUCAAACAGCAGAGAGACAAGUUGUUGGCACUCAAAAAACAAGUUCGCGAGAAACAACUUGGAGCUGCCGAAACACCUUCAGAAUUGGGAGCAGGCGAAGGCGGCAAGUGCCGGCCGCGGUCGGCGCGCGCGGCGCAGGCGGCGCUCCGUGGCAGCACGCCGCAGCCGCCGCCCACCGCCUUGCAGCUGCGCCGCGCACUCGCCUCCAAGCUCAAGGCAGAAGUCGUCGAUACUCACAAUUAAACUAGAUACAGUUAUAUGUUUGACUUUAGAAUUUGACUAAGAAAACGUGUCAUAUUCCUAUGUUUUACUUUAAUGUUGUCUUCAUAAAUUAUUCUUUACUCGA